GUGUAACUCACUUAAAGGCUGAGUAAAGGCUGGAGUGUGAGAAAAAGAGGAAUAGAAAGGAUGUAUAGAAUUUGCACGUUUUUUGGUUAUCCAUUUUUAAAAGCUAAACUUGACUUAUCACGUCAACAUUUACCUAUAGCAACCACCUACUAAUGGGCUAACAUGACAUAUUUAUAGUGUUUAUGCACCACUGAUGCCUUUUAAAAAGCAUAGUAUCGUUUUAACUUCAUUUCACAUACAGGAUAAAAAAAAGAUCCUCUGUAAGGAUUACGUAGAUAUUACCAUCACUUUUUUCACCUGGUAACUUAAUAUAGGCCUAUAUGACCUCCGGCACAUUUCCAAACUUUCUGUCGCGUUAGUCAUUUUUAGAUUUUUAGCCUUUUUAGGAUUAUUUGAACUAUGCCUCGGGUCACAUAAUCUUAGUACUCUGUCCUUUCUAUAUAAGACAGUAGCUGAGUUCACUCUACCCUACUCUGCAGAAGGCUGAGACAGCAUGAUUAGGCUUAGUCCAGCUUACCUAGCUAAUGCUUUCUGUUUGAGUGUGUUUUGCUCAUCAGUGUCCCUUUUUUUCUUUAGAAACAUUGCUUUAAAGGGAAAUGCUUUGAAUCUGGCCGCCACAGAGCGACUCAGAGAAUAGCUCAUUCUGGAAGUAAGCACUGGAUUAAUUUUACUCUGUGAGUCAUCCAGAAAUACCUCGGAAUUUUAUUGCCAGUCACGAUGGUGCUAGCAAGAAUAAUAGUGUUAACUCUAUUAUUGCAUGUUUAAAAGUUCAAACCCUGUUGAAAAUCUGGUCUUUUGUUCUAGUAUUUACAAUCAGUGGGAAGACUUUGCACUCGAUCACAAUUCUCUGCUGCAAGUGUUUUUUGCUUUUGGAUUUCUUUGAUGUGAUCUACUGGAAGAAAAGACUAUAAUCUGAAGAGGACAUGCUGUCCUGGCUCCAAGUUAACAUAAAUUAGUAGGGUAGCCAUGGGACCUCCCACAACCACCCAGGAUGAGACGAGGGGACGGCGAACAUCUAUGCCCUGUCAACCGAAAUCUGUCAUGGUUGUCCAUUCCACACCUUCGGGGGAUGAGGUUAGGUGCAAGAGUUAUUCAAUAAAUCCAGAUACAGACAUGACGCUUCCUCUCCCAGACAUCAUGCCAGGGACUUUUUCUGACCUUACAACAGCAAGGCAACGCCACAAAAGCACAACAGAUAUUUCUCACCAAGGCAACAUUUCUUUGCUUCCCUCUUAUACUCAUUGUCUUAUAGAUAGAGAACAAGACCUCUUGCGUCGUUGCUCACUCAGGGAGACCAAGAGUCUUUCACGCUACCCUCGCCAUGCCCUCAGCGUGCCUGAAAUCGGCUGCAUUAGUCCCCUUCAUGUCAUUACCCACAGUCCGCUCCACAGCACGCCGCUCUCACCGGCAAAAAGCAACAUAUCCAGCCCUGCUAGAGAGAUGGAGAAGCUUGCAAAGGCCAGAAGUAAACUUCUAGAGAGUGAAAAUAACCAAACCCCUACCAUCGCUCCAGAAACAAGAGAACAACUUCGCUAUGUCGCCAAAGAUGGAAAGUGCCGAGUCAACCUUUGUCAUAUUUCAGAAAGGGGCCGUUUCCUGUCUGAUAUCUUUACUUCUUUUGUGGACCUCCAGUACAGAUGGUUCUUAUUCGUCUUCAUGAUGUGCUACAUUGUCACCUGGUUUUUCUUUGCUGUGCUCUACUUCUUGAAUGCUUUCUUUAGAGGUGACCUAGAAAAGGAGAAGCCACUCACCACCCCUGAAGAAAACCUCAUAGACCGCGCACCCUGCUAUUUGGGUGUAGAUGAUUUCAUCUCUGCUCUUCUUUUCUCAGUGGAGACACAGCGCACCAUUGGUUAUGGAUCACGCACUGUGUCUCCCAGCUGCCAUGAGGGUGUGGUGCUAGUCAUGACGCAAUGCAUUGUUGGGUCUAUGAUAGAUGCUCUCAUGGUUGGCUGCAUGUUUGUCAAAAUAUCCCGACCCAAGAAGCGAGCAGAGACACUCCUUUUCAGUCGCACGUGUGUCAUUGCUAACCGGGAUGACCAGCUCUGCUUGAUGUUCCGCCUGGGAGACCUCAGAGAAAGUCACAUGGUGGAUGCAAAGGUUCGUGCAAAGUUAAUCAAGUCCCGGCAAACAGCAGAGGGAGAGUUCUUGCCUCUCGAGCAGACAGAGAUUAACCUUGGUUAUGAAACUGGCUCAGACCGACUUUUCCUGGUGGAGCCUCAAGUCAUUCAGCACAAUAUUGACUGCAACAGUCCGCUGUGGGAGCUGGGUCCAGAGCAACUCAGAAGACAGCAGUUUGAGAUCAUCGUUAUUUUAGAAGGAAUUGUUGAGGCCACAGGGAUGAUGUGCCAAGCCAAAACAUCCUAUAUUGAAACAGAGAUUGAGUGGGGCGCUCGCUUUGAACCAUGCAUGACACUGGAGAAGGGCUCAUUCAGAGUGGACCUGCGUCGGUUCCACACGACCUACAAGGUACCACUACCUAACUGCAGUGCCAGCCAGGCACACCAGCUAAUGGCUCUGGCUGACUGCAAAGUCCAAAACCACAGAACCUGCCAAAACUGGGAAAGCUGGGCAGAAGGAAUGACCGAAGAAGACAAAGACAAGCAACCAUCCCAUGGAGGAUUCACUAUUGAUAACAUUCAGGAAGAGAGAGCAUCAGAAGGCAAUGAAAGUGAAGAGGGUACCGAAAAAAGCACGCCAUAAGACAUUUUAACCUUUUUAAAGCUGAAUUGGUCAUAAACAGUUUCUCAGCAUGAAGCUUUUUUUUUUUCUUUUUUUUUUUUUUAAAGAUGAUACCAGCAUUUCACUGUAGAAGAAGGGCAGGUGUAAAUAUACAUAAUAAAUAUUUUGAAUUGACUGUUUGCUAAACUUUGUCCCAAAGUAUUGUUGGCACUCAGGUCCAGCUUUAAACUAUAGCAAUACACAUAGAAUUUUACAGCAUAAAUGCUUGCAGAUUUACUAUUCUUAGUAAGGUUGAAGCAACAGCAGAUUCUUGAUUUUAGUUGUUACCGAAAUGUCUUUUUUCCUCGUCUAUGGCAUGUCCAAGACAAACCUGCGUUUAAUCUCAUGCAACUAAAUAAAUAGCAGCACUGUAUUUGCAACA